AUGGUGGAGGCGCUUCGACUUUUCGGCUUUGAAGAAAAAUUUCUUGCGCUAAUUCAACGGCUCCAUACCAAUACGACAGCACGGUUCUCAGUCAAUGGAGAGCUUUCUUCAAUUCGGGGAGUUCGGUCGGGUAUUCGGCAGGGCUGUCCUCUCGCUCCCCUUCUUUUUCUGGUGGUAGUAGAGGUAUUGGCAGUUGCAAUACAAACGUCGCCACAACUUCAGGGGCUCACACUUCAGGGAGCACAUAGACCCAGUCACAUCUUUUCGGGGUUUGUCGACGACUCCACAUUAUUUCUUCAAAAAGCAAGUUUACUACGACCGGCUAUGGAAAUUAUUACUGAGUUUGGACGGCUAUCGGGGUUGCAAGUGCAACCGACUAAAAGCCAAAUCAUAUUUUUAAAUACGGCUAUCCAUCAACUCACGUACCAAGGAAUUGCAGUGGUUGCUCCGUCAACAACUACGAGAUAUCUCGGAUAUCAAGUGGGGACAGGAAAGUUGCGAAAUAUUAAUUGGGCUCUCCGCAUCAAAAAUACACAGCGCCGCCUCCUCACUGCAACGCGAGUAUCGACGACUCUCGAGCACCGUGUCCUAAUACUCAACACGAUUGUUCUCCCCGGGAUUUUGUUUACAGCAGCAGUUUUCGAGCCCCCCGGCUGGGCGCUAAAACAAUUGGAUCACCUCUAUAAACAAUUUCUCUGGAAAUCGUCAAACAAGAUCGAACCUGGGAGACACAAGUCGCUCCAGGCCUACUUUACACUCCCCGGAAGGCAGGAGGAAUUGGCCUAG